AACCAAUCGCAAGUUCGCAACUCCGUUAGUCUCCCGUUUCCUUGAAGAUCUGUUUCUGUUCACUUGUAGUGUCGGUGAUUCCUAUCUCUUUCUCCCUUUAAAGUCUUGAUUAAUUUCAUUUCCCUUUUUUAAUUUUUAAUUUUUAAUUUUCAUUAUAAAAAUCAAGUCUUUCUUUCUAACCUCAAUCAGCGGUUUAAUCCAUUGAAUCUGUGUUCGUCAAUUGAUUUCUCUUUUCUUUUCGUAGAUCACCUUGAUAACUAAAACCCAUAUCUCAGAUUCUUGAUGAAGUCACUUUCUAGUUCAUAUUCACUCAAAUGUAUAUGUUUCUGCUAAACCCUUUUAUUUCUGACUCUAGAUUGUUGAAGAUCUACUAAAUUGUCCAUCAGGUUUUCUCAAUUCUCUAAAAUACAGAAAAGGAUUCGGCAAUGUCUUCGAUUAGAGUCGAUUCCACAAAGCAAUUAACGACAAGCAGUCUUGUGUUGGGUUAUGCACUCUGUUCAAGUUUGCUUGCUGUGAUUAAUAAGUUUGCCAUCACUAAAUUCAACUUUCCUGGUCUUCUAACUGCACUGCAGUAUUUGACAUCAGCAUUAGGUGUGUGGCUUCUUGGUAAAUUAGGCUUUUUGCAUUAUGAUGCCUUCACAUUUGAAACUGCCAAGAAGUUUUUGCCAGCUGCACUUGUUUUCUAUUUGGCAAUCUUUACCAACACUAAUGUUCUGCGCCAUGCCAAUGUGGAUACUUUUAUAGUGUUCAGAUCUUUAACGCCCCUUUUGGUUGCUAUUGCUGAUAUUGUGUUUAGAAAACAACCAGUCCCAUCUAAACUUACCUUUCUGUCAUUAUUUGUUAUAUUGGGUGGUGCUGUUGGGUAUGUGGCUACUGAUUCCGCUUUUACUUUGACGGCUUACUCUUGGGCAUUUGCUUAUUUAGUGACCAUCACUUCAGAAAUGGUUUAUAUUAAACACAUUGUAUCAAGUAUUGGGUUGAAUACAUGGGGUCUUGUGUUUUACAACAAUUUGCUGUCAUUGAUGAUAGCUCCUGUGUUCUGGAUUCUCACAGGAGAGUAUAAUGAGGUUUUUGCUGCUUUGGGAUCAAAGGGUGGGAAUUGGUUCGAAUUUGAUGCAUUUUUUGCAGUGUCUUUGUCAUGCGUGUUUGGCUUGGCUAUUAGUUUCUUUGGAUUUGCAGCAAGAAAGGCUAUAUCUGCAACAGCCUUCACUGUUACUGGUGUGGUUAAUAAGUUUCUUACAGUCGUCAUCAAUGUUCUCAUUUGGGAUAAGCAUGCCAGCCCGUUUGGUUUGCUUUGCCUCCUAUUCACUCUAGCUGGAGGUGUACUUUAUCAGCAGUCAGUUACUAGACCUGGGACUGAGCCUGUUUCUAAGCAAACAAACAUUGAAAAUGAGGAUGAUGAAGAUACUCAACUUGUCAAGAAAACUGAUGGUGAUGAGGAGAACUAAGGGCUGACAACUAUUAUUUUGUAUGUUUUCUUAGCAUUGAUAAUGAUUUGAAGUGGCUUAUUGAGGUGUAUGUAGGUAUUUAUCUCUAUUCCUAGGUAUUAAGGAAUAUCCUAGAUGCAUUAGAUUUUAAAAGAAAUUGUCCUCCUCACAUUUUCUGUAUCUUUAUUUUAUCUGCUUUAGCAUUCGAUGAUGAUUUUACCCUUUUUAAGAAUUUUUUGGUGUUCGUGUA